AUGUCCCUUCGUUAUAUGAAGGGCAUUUCGCUAUUGGUUUCUUCAUUUGUUUCCUUAGCUUCCGGUACUCCAUAUCUCUACGGUAUAUACUCUCCUCAACUCUUGGCUAGAUGUGGAUUUUCCGCAUUGGACUCUUCCUAUUUGUCGUUUUCCACUAACAUCGGCUCUUCUAUUUGUGGUUUCUUUGCUGGUCUUCUCAUUGAUCGCUUUGGUCCUCAGUUGGCUACAGGCCUCGGUGCUCUACUAGAAUUCUCAGGCUUCUACAUAUUGUACCUUAGUUAUCGGUAUGAACUUCAUAGAUUUGACUUAUUGCUAGUCGCCAUGGUCAAUGUGGGAUUUGGUUCUGUUCUUGCCUAUUUUUCCACUCUUAAGGUCUCCACGAUCAACUUUCCUCAUAAUAAAGGUGCUGCCAAUUCGUGUCCCGUCUCGGCCUACGGUCUUGCCGCUUUGUUCUAUGCAUUCAUCUCCACCAUUUUUUUCCCUGACAAUACGCAGGGACUACUACGAUUCAUUGCUUUGUUUGCUGGUAUUGUUAUGGGUAUAGGAGUAGUUUUUGUGAGAAUAUAUGAUGAUAAUGGUGACGCUGAUCUUGAAGAUAACUCAACCACACCCGUUGUCUCUUCGGGAAUGGCCGACUCUGACGAAUCGGGGUUUAAAUACAUUUUAAAGGGUCAUCGGGGUUCCUUGGCUCAAGUUAACUUGAUACGUAGUGAGUCUUCUGCAUCCUUGUUUUCCACUGUCUCUGAAGCUUCUUCUCUGUCAGGCUCUCUUUCCAGAUCCUCGUCGUAUUCUUCGUGCUCGGGAAAUGAUUCUGGUCCUUCCGAAGCUUUUCCUAUAGAUAUGCCUCGUACUGACUCUCAUUCUCAUCUCUCUACAGCUCGAGGCUCUAUUCAUCCAUCAGUUGGUAGCUUACUGUCGGCUUCUCCCUCUCCGGUAGACUUGAAAGCCCGUGCUCAGUCCCGGUUAACUCCUCAUAGUACUCCUCUGGGCACUCCACAUGCUCAACCUUCCUGGUUUGCUGCUGCUAGUCAGAUAAGGAACCAUAGAGAUGAUGAGCGUGCUGUGCUUUCUACGAAUGUUGCAGGUAAACUUUCCCGUAGUAAUUCCAGUUCCCUUAGUUUUACUGCGAGGUCUUCUACCGCUGCUAUAGAGAAUUAUCAAAGCCCUGGAGAACUUGAAGGACCUAUGGGGGCUGGAGAGCCACCUGCCACUUCAAGUAACUUGGCACGGCAGCCUCGAAAAAAUUCAGGCCCUACUCUUUCCGCAGCAGAUACACCAGAUGUGCCGUCUCUUGAAUCUCGCCAUGGCUCCCCAUCUACAAACAAAUCAAGUGGUUCUGUUUUGGUGGAAUCAAUGCCGUCCGUAUCAGGGGUAUUCUCUUCGCAUCCAGAAGUCGAUGAAGCAAAGUCCGCCAAGUAUCUGGAAAUUUUCAAUAAAAGAAAGGCCAAAGUUAGAAAAAAUAAGCAUUUGCAUGACAGUCAUCUGCAUCAUCAUAGUCAUAAGCAUAUAACUGCAAAAGACCAUGUUCUGGGCCUCUUAAGGAACAAGUUAUUUCUUUCACAUUACGUUCUCAACGCCUUUUAUUGUUCCAUCGGCCAGCUUUAUAUUUAUAGUGUGGGAUUCAUAGUGAAAGCACAGCUCAACAAUCAGAAGUUGAACCCCUCAUUAUUGGUGUUGACAAAACUUAUGCUGACCGGUGAUGGUGCUGAUGAAGACCUUGCUUCGCCAUAUCAGGCACUUCAGGUCUCGAUUAUAUCGUUUGCAAACUUCUUAGGAAGAAUAAUCUCUGGGCCGAUGAGUGACUUUUUUGCGAAGACUUUGAAGAUGAGCCGGAUUUGGGUGAUUAUGAUUGCUCUAGCGUUUUCUACUUUAGGACAGAUAUCGCUCUUGAUCUUCAACGACAUCAGUUCACUUUCAUUCACAUCCCUGUUAAUUGGUGUUAGUUAUGGUGCAGUUUACGGUACUCUACCUUCCCUCACAGCAGAAUCAUUUGGUUCUCAAAACUUUGCCACAACAUGGGCAUUGAUUGGUACUGGGCCUAUUAUGGUUUUCUUGGCUUUAAGUAACUACUUUGGUAAAGAUUACGAUAAUCAUAGUCAGUUUGUCGAUGACGGUCAAGGAAACCUGAUCAAGGUGUGUUUGAAAGGAGGAGCAUGUUACCGAAAUGUCUUUUGGCUUAACACUUGUAUCUGCUGCACUCUUUUUGUCGGGUACUCUGUAUUACUCAGAGUGAGUAAGAAGAUUAAAUAA